GCCCACUACUAAAGCGCUAAAUAGUGUACGCCUACGCGACGAUUCUUGUCCUUUCUUUCUCUCUGACCAAGACCGCCGACUUCUUUUUUUUCUUGGAUGACGCGGUAGUUUCCCCUGCUCAACGUCGCACUUCUCCUCCCCACAGACACACAGACAACGGUUCGUGCCCCCCAUCGUUUUAGGUGUUGGUUGUGGUAUUUCUUUUUUUAAACGACCCUGCGAGUGUGCGUGUGCGCAUUGUGUGCGACUGCGUUGAACAUUAUUUAUUACUUUUACUUGCCGCACUCUCUUCAAAUCAGCUCGUUGUACACAUACUCGUACAGACACUUACAGGGAAAAGGGGAAAACGAGUCACCUCAAGGAACGUGCGAAGGGAAGCGCAUAAAAGUCUUGACGAAACAAAAAAGAAGCCAGCUGCUUUCUGAACCGUUUACUUUUUCCCUUUUCUCCUUCCUUGCUUUUUCUUUCUGAUUUCUGUGUAUAUAUAUAUCUGUAUCUAUAUAUCUAUCUAUCUAUAUAUUUAAUUAUCUCUGUGUGUGGGGGGAUUUGUGUUGCUUCAUCAUUAAUGCAUUCUUUCUGUUACUAUUGUUUUUGAUCACGUGUACGAUACACAACUGCAGCGACGGACUUACGUCUCCUUCUUUCCUCCCUUCGGUUCUGCCGGCGCGUACCAACUCGAAGUGUUGAAAGGAAAGGAAAGAGGCAACUGCUGACUUUUGUCUGGAACUGCCUGUCCUUGACUCUGCCACAUCGCAUACUUUCUGCGUGCGUGUGUCGGUUCGGCUUCUCUCCACGAAGGUGACGGUGAAGAGUUGUUUAGAGCUGUUGCCAUCACCAAAAGUAAGGUCGGAAAAGAAAUAUAUAUAUAUAUUAAAUCAAAUACUUCCGCUACUAAACAAUUACCCCGCUUGAGUGCCACACGUGUGUAGAUACACUUGUGCUUCGAGCAUCUUUUGGAUGCGUGUGCGCUCAUCCCCAAAUCGAUCGAUCGCUGCAAAUAGCCAGCUGUAUAUUAGAAGAAGCCCAAGGGAAUAAUCCGUAGAAAAGGGGUUGAGAAUCAAGAGAGACACAGAGGCGCCUCACAUCAACGCAAAGAUGCGCUCCGCUGCCGCCGACUACGACCAGACGCAAGCCGCAUCUCUCAACCGCCCCCCAAGUGAGGAGCCUAUGAUGAAGCCGCUCAUCUGCAGCUUUUUCAAGCGACCUCCGACGGCGAAUACGCCGGACUGCACCAACGGCCGCGGCAGCGCGAACGGGCAGGUUGCCAACGGGGCGGUGUCGCCGUCUCGCGCGGGCGACGGCGCAGCGGCCACCACCCAACUCCACCUGCCACCCUACCCAACCCCGAUGGAGGAACCCAUCGUUCUCUUCCCUUUGACGCCGUCUGUCAAGGUGCCGCUGCGACACAGCAAGCGCUCCGGCCGCGUGCUGAACGAAUCGGAGACGCUGCAGGAGAAGCACGGCCAGGAGUACCGCUUCAUCGUGCCGAUGCUGGCCUACGCGAUCGAGUGCACCAUCGCCGCGCACGAGAAACUCCGCCACAGCGCCGGCCUGCCCGCCUUCAUCUCUCUCUCCUCCUCACCGCCCUCGAGCCCCACGCACCUGCACAAACCUGCCGGCGACUCCGAUGACGAUGACAGAGCCGCAGCGGAGGUUCACCCGCGCGUAGGCAGCACCGACAGCGGGAACAGCACCGGCGACCGCAACACCGCGCUGGGUUACAAGGUGUUGCAGACAGCCAUCAACGCCUUUUCUACGCCGGAGGUGCCCGCUAUCUCCGUCCACGACUACCUAAAGCGGAUCGUCAAGUACACCUACGUGUCUCCCUCGGUGUUAGUGUGCUGCUGCCUCUACUUAGACCGACUGCUCACCAUGUACCCCAGCUUCCUCCUCUGCCCGAAUAACGUCUUCAAGUUCCUCAUCACGUCAACGCGGGUGAGCAGCAAGAUCAUGGACACCCGCACCCUCAACAACCGUGACUUCUCCUUCGUCGGCGGCGUCACAAACGACAACAUCAACGCCCUGGAGUUUAUGUUUGUGCAGCUGCUGCAGAACCGCCUGUACAUCUCGCACCACGCCUUCGACGUGUACUGCGAUCCGCUGCGGCGACACGCCGCCCACAUCGAAGCGGAGAGGACCUGGGAUGGGCCGUCGCCGACGAUGGUGCUGCCGAUGAACGGCGGCCGCCCGGUCGGCCAUCCACAUCAGCCGUCCCGACCGUCGGCGGCGCGCAACAGCCGCUGUGGUAGCGUUACGUCCCGCAGCCGCCGCUCCAGCACCAUGUCGCAGAACGAGUACAGCCUUUCAACGGCCUCGCAGAGUGGUGUCUCGCCGCUGCGCUCUGCCUCCCGCCCUGCCUUCCCUCCAAGCGCCUCCAUGGGCCAGUCCAUCUCCGUCGAUGCCGAGUCCUUUGCCGGGGUGCGGCAGCCGUCCGCGGCGCCGUCGCGCUGCGAGUCCGCCGUCACCUCUGCGCGGCGAUACCCGAUGAACAGCAACGGCAAUACGAAUAACAAUAGCACGAGUAUAACCUCGCGAUCGCCCGUGCUGCCGCAGGUACAUCCCCCCACCGCCAACGGCAGCGCGUCGACGGCGGUACCUGUCCUCCGCAACGCCAACUCCGCCGCCACGCUGCGCAGCUCCGGCAACUUCGACGACACCGUCUCCUCCGCCGGUCUGGCGCAGAGUGCCAGCGGUGCCUUUGUCAACACACUUCACCAGCAGCAGGUCUUCGACCCCGCCGACGACAGCGAAGACGCGCGUGCGCGGAGCAUUCUGAUGUCCGCACCGCGCGGGUUCUCCUCCUCGUGGGACGCCACCCGCACUGCCCGCACGCUGGCGACCACCACCGGUGGGGUGUGUCUGAGCACGUCGGUGAUCGCCACGGCGCACUGUGUCUCACCGAACAUGCUGACGUCCGCCACGAGCGCCGCCGCAGCGAAGAGCCGCAGCCUGGACGGUACGAUGGUCAUCAUGGAUGGCAGCACGACACCGAGCAACAUCCUCAGCGAUGAGCGCACUCCAACGCGGCGGGCCUUCGUCUCGUCUGCACGCGGGGACGGCUUGGCACUGCCGCCGAUGCCGCAGAGCGGUCGACGUGGUCGGUCCGGUAGUAUCGCUGGCAACUCCGGCGUGACGAUGCCGAACGUGCUGCCGCCGCCUGAGUCUCGUCAGCGUUAG